AUGGAUAACUUUUUUACCUCUUUAAAACUACUAGAUUAUUUGUCAGAAAAGGGGCACGAUGCUACAGGCACAAUAAAGGCUAACCGAGUUGAAAAUGCCCCACUCAAGGAAGCAACUGUUUUGAAAAAGGAAUCACGAGGUUCAUACGAUCAACUUACUGAACAAAAAACAGGUAUCACCUUGGUAAGGUAUAAUGACAACAAUGUUGUAACUGUUGCUUCAACAAGAUGUGGCGUACAGCCCAUGGGUAAGGCCAAGAGAUGGUGUCGUGUGGCAAAGCGUCAAGUUGAUGUUCAAAAGCCUGCCUGUAUCAUAAAUUACAACACUUACAUGGGUGGGGUUGAUCAACUUGACCAGAAUAUAUCAACCUAUAGAAUUGGCAUUAGAAAUCGGAAAUGGUAUUGGGCACUUCUAGCGUACCUUUUAAAUGCUACAAUGAAUAAUGCUUGGCAAUUAUACAGGCUCACCCCAAAAGGAAGAGAAGAUCCCAAAGACCUACUGUCCUUUAUAAGACAUAUUGUGCAGACAUACUUCCAGAAAUAUACCCCACAACGUCAGAGAGCUUCCCGUGUGUCUGUCACUGGAAAAGAACGGGUUGAAGAAAGUGUGCGGCUUUCCAACAGUCUUCAUGUCCUGGAAACUAACCCGACACAAAUACGAUGUGGCCUCUGUAGAAAGAACACACGGAAAAAGUGGCAACUCGGCCGUGGAGACGCAGUGCUCGCCGUAGAGCAGUUGACCUCCGCCUUCUCCGUCCACGACGAUCGGCCGGCCCGCAAUAGGGACCACAAGCUUGAAGGUUCGCCGCUCCUCACUCAACCACCAACGGAUCGUUGUCAGUCACUUAGAAAGGCGGUUACUAGCAGUCCGGGCCACAGAGAAGGUGGUAGUGACGUUUUAGUUUUCUGCUACUUCCCCUUUGAGGUAUGCGACGAGUCGUCCAACUUCGACCCGGGCAGCAGAGCGAUGCCUUGCAGAGACGGCUAG